UUCUUCUACUGCCCUCUUCGUCUCCACUCGCACGCCACAAACUCAGAAACCCGAUUUGCAUUCUCUCUGAAAAUCACCAUCAAUGAAAAUCAGGGCUAGGGUUUCAUAAAUAACACCCUUAGCAUACCCACCAAAAAAAAAAAUUCUUUAAAUGGCUUCUUGUUCUGCUUCUUUGGCUUUGCCAGAACUUAGAUUUCUAUCAUCAAAAUCCUCUUCAAUUCGCCGUAUUUAUAUCUCAAAACUCUCUCUUUGUAGACCUUCUUUGGGUAGAAAUUAUAGGUGUCAAAGAUUGAAUCUUUGUGGUUAUAGAGCUAGAAUUCAAGCUGUUAAAGAAGAUAGUGCUGUGGUUGAGGAGAAGACAGAGGAUGAACUGAUUGAGGACUUGAAGGGUUUUAAUGGAAAUGGAAAUGGGGCUGCAAGUAGAAGAAGUGAUAAUGUCAACAGUAGUUUAAAUGGGUUCUCAAAUGGGAGUGCAAAUGGGAAUUUGGUGAAAUAUGUGAAUGGGAAUGGAGUGGCUGUGGAUGUGGAAGUGGUGGGUGAAGUUGCUGAGGGAGAGUUGGUGGAUGAGUUGAAGGAGAAGAAGAAGAAGGAGGAUGAGAGGAAGAAGAAGGUGGAGGAGAUUGGGAAAGAGGAGGCUUGGUUUAAGAAAAGUGGGCAAGAGAAACAGAUUGAGGUUUCUGUUGCACCUGGUGGUCGUUGGAGUAGAUUCAAAUCCUACUCAACAAUCCAAAGGACUUUGGAAAUAUGGGGAUUUGUUCUGACAUUUAUCUUUAAAGCAUGGCUUAACAAUCUGAAAUUUACCUAUCGAGGAGGAAUGACUGAGCAGAAGAAAGCCCUAAGGCGGAAGACCCUUGCCAAGUGGUUGAAGGAAAGUAUUUUGAGAUUGGGUCCUACAUUCAUCAAAAUUGGUCAGCAAUUUUCCACAAGGGUGGACAUUCUUGCUCAAGAAUAUGUCGAUCAGUUGUCUGAACUUCAGGAUCAAGUUCCUCCUUUCCCUUCAGAGACUGCUGUGUCUAUAGUUGAAGAGGAGCUUGGAGCUCCUGUGGAUGAUAUAUUCGAUCGUUUUGAUUUUGAACCAAUAGCUGCUGCUAGUCUUGGUCAAGUCCACCGGGCAAGAUUGAAGGGAGAGGAAGUUGUUGUUAAAGUGCAAAGGCCUGGUCUCAAGGGUCUCUUUGAUAUUGAUCUUAAAAACCUGAGGGUAAUAGCUGAAUAUCUUCAAAAGGUUGACCCAAAGUCAGAUGGUGCAAAGAGGGAUUGGGUUGCUAUUUAUGAUGAAUGUGCGAGUGUCUUAUAUCAGGAGAUUGAUUACACCAAGGAAGCUGAGAAUGCAGAACUUUUUGCUAUUAAUUUCAAAGAGAUGGAUUAUGUAAAAGUCCCAACUAUAAAAUGGGAGUACACCACACCACAGGUUCUGACAAUGGAGUAUGUACCAGGGAUCAAAAUAAACAAAAUAGAAGCUUUGGAUCAAUUAGGUGUUGAUCGGGAAAGGUUGGGUAGAUAUGCUGUUGAAUCUUACUUGGAACAAAUCUUAUCUCAUGGUUUUUUCCAUGCUGACCCUCAUCCUGGAAAUAUUGCGGUUGAUGAUGUGAAUGGUGGAAGAUUGAUCUUUUAUGACUUUGGCAUGAUGGGAAGUAUUAGUCCAAACAUUAGAGAAGGUCUGCUGGAAACGUUCUAUGGAGUUUAUGAGAAGGAUGCGGAUAAGGUCCUACAAGCAAUGAUUCAAAUGGGUGUUCUUGUGCCUACUGGAGAUAUGACAGCUGUCAGAAGAACAGCUCAAUUCUUCCUAAACAGCUUUGAAGAGCGUCUUGCUGCACAAAGGAGAGAGAAAGAAAUGGCAACAGCUGAACUUGGAUUUAAAAAGCCUUUGAGCAAGGAGGAAAAGAUACAGAAAAAGAAGCAACGGCUUGCUGCUAUUGGGGAAGAUUUAUUGGCUAUUGCUGCAGAUCAACCUUUCCGAUUUCCUGCCACAUUCACAUUUGUUGUAAGAGCAUUUUCAGUAUUGGAUGGCAUUGGGAAGGGUCUUAAUCCUCGGUUUGAUAUUACUGAAAUUGCAAAACCCUAUGCACUAGAACUGCUGAAAUUUCGUGAAGCUGGAGUUGAAGUUAUCUUGAAGGAUUUCAGAAACAGAUGGGACCGGCAAUCCCGUGCAUUCUACAACUUAUUUAGACAGGCUGACAGAGUUGAAAGGCUUGCAGAGACUAUCCAACGAUUGGAGCAAGGUGAUUUGAAGCUUCGAGUUCGAGCCUUGGAGUCUGAGAGGGCAUUCCAACGUGUUGCCGCCGUUCAGAAGACAGUGGGGAGCGCUGUAGCUGCUGGAAGCCUGGUUAACCUUGCAACAAUUUUGUAUCUCAAUUCUAUACGAAUGCCAGCCAUUGCAGCAUAUACUGUAUGUGCAUUCUUCGGUGUCCAAGUUCUCAUCGGAAUCAUAAAGGUCAAGAAAUUAGACGAACGGGAAAAAUUGAUCACAGGAACCGCUUAAGCAAUCGACUCACAGCAGCUCUAAUAAUGGAAAAGUUCAUCUCAUCUGACACUCCUGAUUACGACCAAACUUCACAACCACGCAAAAGGAAACGAAGAUGAAGAUCUAAAUAUGCUCUUUAACAUGAAAUCGGGUCGAAACCUCUGAACUUGCAUACAUGUCCGAAGGGUUAAAUGCAACAAAACUAGGAACUUUUAUUGUUGAAAUAGAGUGAAUUUUCCACAGGAAAAUGUAGUAAAUGAGUGUCUUGAGGUAAAACCUAGUGUAGAGUUCUAUAUGUAACAAUUCUAUGGCCACCCAUUGCUAUUCUGCAAAAUGGGCUGUCCAUAAACUGUGUAUAAAUCUUUUCUAUAAAAUUUCUUGGUGGUAACGUAUUUCACUGUA